GUCGACUCGAGUUUGCGUUUCGGUGCAGUCGUGUGGCACACGAACGUUCCGUCAAAACAUCGCUGCCGUUUGACAGUCGAGUUAAGUGUAAAAUAAGUGCACAUCUCGAAUAGUUUUUUGUUGAUCGUGUUCGCUAUUUGUAUAAUAUUGCUGGCGCCUUCUAAACCGCUUAGAAAAUAAACAACAGACCCAUUCGAAAAGUGAGCAAGUGCUUUCUUUAUUUAUAGACAUAAACAAUGUCGGAUCAAAGGGAAGCUGUUUUUCGCACGUUGCGGAUCAAGAUGAUCGGUUUGUUUGUUACCGUUUAUUUAUCCAACGUCUCGGCAAACGAAGAACAAUCGGUCAGCAUUAAUAAGCCUGUUAAAAAUUGGAUGCAUUUUUCUUCCGACAACAUUCGGUGUUACUGCAAUCUACCCGCAUGCGUUACCAAGGGUUACAUGUGCAAAUCCAGGGCCGGAGUUUGUUUUUCGGAUUUGCUGGAGCACCCGACAAAAAGUCGACCCACGGUCUACGGAGGAAGACACGGCUGCUUAGAGCUGCUGACUGACAGAGACCAAAGAUCGUGGUGUGAAAAUCAAGAAGAUAACGCAAAACCACCAUUAAGAAAGAAGCACCCCAAAAGUUUGCUAGUUUGCUGCAGAAAUGAUAUGUGCAAUCAUGUCGAAAAUCCUAAAACCAAAAACAUCUUGAAUAGCACUCUAUUUGGUCAAAUAUUAGAAGACAGCAACGGAGAAUCUAGGCAAACUAAUGGGCAACAAGAAACGCUUUUGUACUCAAACUCAGAAGUUUGGUUCAGGGCUGCCACCAUUGCAGUGCCAAUUUGCGGGGCUGUAAUUUUAUUUGUACUCAUAGCAUUGGCUGUGAAAAUCCUGAAAAGCGAAAAUGAAAAUUCUCUUAAUCACAAACUUGGGCCUGCUCUAUAUAUUCACCAACUGCCAUCCCAAGGAGGUAAUAAAAACUCAUGCGAAAAAUUCCCAGAUUUUUUCGACAGAAACUACGAAAAUCUUCUUGGUAAAGAUGAUUCCAGAACGCAUCAUCAAAAUCUUCUGUUUGAAAAUGAAAAUGAAGCAGCUGAUAGGCAAAUGAACGCACCUUUGUUGCUUCAAAACGAAAUCUACAAUCAGAACGUAAACAAAAACGAAACCAACGCAAAGUUGAAUUUAAUUCAGAGCGACGAUGUUUGCGAUUAUCUGGAAAAAAACACGGACAAUUUUCCCGAAGUCAACAUCGUGAAAAAAAUUAACAACGACAAGUUUUCACAUUUGUAAAGUACCGAUUUUUUAUGUUUGCUUGUAGAGUACUUAAGCAUUAAAUUUCCAGUAUGAGGCUGUGAAUUGUGUACUGCCAAAAUUAAUUAGACUGAAAAAAAUUGGUUCAGAAAGAAAAUCUCAGGUAAAUUAAUUUACUUGCAGAAACUAUGCAAAAACACUAAUUAUGUGCUAGUACUAUUGGAAUAUUACCAAUGAUAUAUUUCUGAUAAAUAAUAUGUAGGUGUAAGGAAUUGAAAUGUGAUGUAAACUAACAUAAUGACAAUAACUGUAUAAUGGACUGCUCAAUAUACAGAACAAUUUAAGAUAAGCAAUCAGUUUUAUAUUUUAUUGAAAUUAUGCUUAUCCCACUUACUAUGUAAAUAAUGUAAAUUAAGUAUUUUGUUGUAUGUUUUUUUUUGUGUAUAUUGCUUAUUUAUUAUUUUUAUUUU